UGCAACAGCCGGUGAAGAGACCUUUAAGUAAAUAAUGAAGUGUUGAAAGGUGUACGGUAUGUUUGAUAUUUUCAGGUGAAGCCUGUGUGUUCUGACAGUGGUAUGAAACCAAUGUUAACGAAUAAUGGAUGAAUGACUCGCCUCGCUAAUUAGAUUAUUAAAUACACGCGUAGCUGGAAAGUCAACAACUGUUUAUUCAAAUUUAAGGUUAAGCUGUCUGCUUGCGGAUCUCAUUUCGCUGCAGCCGCUGCAGCUCUCGUUCUGACAGGUGCUGCGUACUAAAGAUAAAAAUAAUCCGGUGACCUAAUCUGAGGCCUUUUAUCGACGACAAUAAAGCUGCGGUUAUUAGGCGCGACUUUCCUGUCGCGUUUCGUCGUUUCGCAACAGCGUAACGCCGUCGCUCAAACUUGCAGAUUGAUACUAAAUGCCGUUAAUAUAUACUCUCCACAUCGCUAUUGCUGAUAUUAAUUAGGUUGAAACAGCUUCUCGCUUACCUUUAAUCACGAUAAUGUCAAGAAUAAUAGCAAUUCACAAUCAAUAGUCAUAGUCACAUCGGACUGAAAUAUUAAACAGUGUGAAACAAUCAAAAGACAAACCAAACUGAACUAAGCUGAGUGAAAACAAAAUAGCCUAUAAACAUGGCAGGUGCGAGUAAGGAGGUAAAUCCUGCAGAGAUGAACAACAUUGGGGGAGACAACAACAUCGUUGGGCUGAUAUUUUCCUUCGUUAAAAAAUUUGUCACUGUCGGUCUUGUAUGGGGAUGUGGAUACAUGAACUGGAGCAUCGCGUGGUUCAUCGGACCGAUCAUAUUGUCAGUACUAAGAACAGAAUGGAGGAAAGAAAGCGAUCAGCGACGGCUCACCGCCCAGGCAACCGUUCUUGCUGGCGAACAACAAAUGAUCGUUAAUAAAAUGUACGAGCUUCCGUCUUGGGUGUAUUUUCCAGACGUUGAUCGAGCCGAGUGGCUGAACAAGAUCUUGUGUAAGCUCUGGCCGAGCAUGAAUCAAUUUGUUCGUCAGCUAUGUAAACAGGAUAUUGAGCCAGCAGUUGUCGCUCGAUUGGCGCAAUACAAAUUGAAAGGAUUUUCUUUCGAGAGAUUAGUAUUGGGCCGAAUUCCUCCGAGAAUCGGUGGUAUUAAGGUUUAUGACAAAAAUACUGAUAGGAAUGAGAUCAUCUUGGAUGCUGAUGUAUUAUACGCUGGUGAUUGCGACAUCUCAUUUACUUGUAACAGCUUUAAAGGUGGCAUCAAAGAUUUCCAGAUUCGUGGUAUGAUAAGAGUGGUAAUGAAGCCCCUUUUGCCCAUCAUGCCACUUGUCGGAGGACUUCAGAUAUUCUUUCUAAAUAUGCCUUCGGUUGAUUUCAAUCUGGUUGGAUUGGCCGACGUUCUGGAUAUGCCUGGUUUGAGCGAAAUUUUGAGAAAGGCUAUUGUCGAACAAAUUGGUGCGAUUAUGGUGUUGCCCAACAAAUUGCCGAUAACUUUGAGUCCAGACGUCCAACCUGAGAUUCUCAAAACUCCCGAACCAGAGGGUGUGCUGAGAAUUCACGUAAUAGAAGCAAAGCACCUGAUGAAGAAGGACUUCAGUGUGUUGGGUAAAGGAAAGUCGGAUCCGUAUGCGGUAAUAAAUGUUGGAGCGCAGGAAUUCAGGACAAAAACAAUUGACAAUACGGUAAAUCCCAUUUGGGAUUUCUGGUGUGAGGCUGUGAUCACUUGCUGCAGUGUACAGGUGAUAAGUUCUUCUCUAUGGGAUUGGGAUCCAGGAUUUCCUUGCAUCCAAAAUGAUGACUUUCUUGGAAGAGCAUCUAUCGAAGUAAUCCGUGUUCAGCAAAAAGGAACUUUGGACACUUGGGUGACAUUGGAGUUUGCAAAGCAUGGAAUGGUCCACCUCCGUCUUAAAUGGCUGAGUCUUUCUAAUAAUGUCGCAGAUUUACCAGCUGCCUUGGCUGAGACUCAACAGCUGCGAGUUACUUCGAUGAGUACUGCACUUCUGAUUCUCUACAUUGAUUCAGCGAAAAAUUUACCCUGCCUCCGUGCUACAAAGCAGCCGGAUGUCUACCUUGAGGCAGUGCUAGGAAAUCGCACCGAGCGUACCAAUACGAUUUUAAGAUCUUGUGAUCCAGUAUGGGAACAAGGAUUCACCUUCCUUGUUUCAAAUCCAGAAACAGAUAUGCUGCAUUUAAAAAUUGUAGACGAGAAGACGGGCAUGAACGUUGGUACAUUGAGCUACCACCUGACCUCGCUAAUGGAGAAAGAAAAUCUAGAAAUUUCUCAGCAGCCGUUUAAUCUGGCACAUGCUCAGGCUGACAGUAGAAUAAUUCUGUCCAUGCGACUGAGGAUUUUGAAAUACGAUAAUCCAGAGCCAACUCCAGAUGAGGAAGAACACCAGGAUAUAAACACACUUAACAGGGAAAUCGAACGUCAAGAAUCAAACAUAAGCAACACUCCAUCUAGUAGCAUCGCACCUAGUCCACUGAAAAAACAACCAUCUAAAGAAUCUGUGGCCAGCAGUAUCAUCUCUGCGACGAGUUUGAAUCCAACCGCUCCUACUGAAGAUCAAGAGGCAACAUUGAUACAAGAAGAAAUAGCGACUUCUACAUUAUUAGCACCGGUAAAUGCAAGCCCGCAAUUAAUCCACAGGAACAGCAGCGUGACUUCUUCAGCGGGAGAAGCUGGCCUGGGUAGAAUUCAGCUCACGCUACGCUACAGCGUCGCCAGACAAAAACUUGUUGUUGUUGUCCACAAGAUUGCAAAUCUACCGCUCCCGCAAAACGAUCCUAGCAAUGUACCCGAUCCGUACGUCAAGCUUUACCUCUUGCCGGAUCGUCACAAGGAAACAAAGAGGAAAACUGCCGUGAUGAAGGACAACUGCAAUCCCAUUUACGACGAGCAAUUUGAAUACGUUAUCUCUCAAGGUGACAUAAAUACACGCAGAUUGGAAGUCUCGGUCUGCACCCAAAAAGGGUGGCUUUCUACUGGUGGCAAUGUAAUGGGUCAGGUCUACAUAACUUUAUGUGACAUGGAUUUAACUCAGACGAAUACCGGUUGGUACGAUUUACUGCCGGAAAAUCGUGACUAAGACGAACAAGGCCUCAAAAAAAGAAACAGGAGUAGCUUUGCUCGGUUUAGUCGAAAUUUGUUUGGAAAAUCAAACUGUACUAAUGCUUGAUAUGCUACGUUGCUAACAGUGGCAAAUGAAUAGCGAAGAAAAGUUUCUGAUUACCGAGAGAAAAAAAUAGAAGUCUACUAUUGUAUGAAAAUAUAUUUUCACAGUUCCAGUAUGCAACGCAUUAUUAUAAUUAUUAUUAUUACGCGAUAUUUUUUAUAGUUAGUAAGAAUCAAGCGAUUAAAUUGCUCCAUUUUUGAAAGCAUUUUACAUAGUUUUUAUAAUACGUAUACAAUAUAUAACACUGGGGCAUUUGUACAUUAAUUAUAAGUAUAGCCACAUUUUCGAUGAUUACUUCAAUAUUUUUGUACUAACACUGACAGUUUAUGGCAAAUCCAAUCGUGUUCAAUUUUUUGGUGUGUUUUUUUUUUUUACUUGCUCAUUUAUAACUUAUUUAUUUUGUAUUAGGAAAUUUUGCUCUCAACAUUCACCAAAAUUCAUGUAAUAAUGUUUUUAUCAUUGGCAUUUAAAAAAAAAUGUAUUGAUGUGCCACCUUUCUGAAAUACCUAUAUUAUGUUACGUUAUACAAUAUACGGUAUUUAAACCGUUGAGCCACUUUAAUAACAAAUAUAUUAUUUAAAUAUUGAGUUUAAUGGAGCGCUUGCAUCUC